UAAAUCGAAGCUCUUUUUAACAUUUGGUUGUCCAGUCAUCGUGUGAAAGAGCUAUGAAGGGAUCCAAAGUUUAUUGUGAAAUGAAAUUCAGUCGAUUCGGUUGGGUUUCGGCUUUCGUUCUGAUUCGACUGGCCAUCGAAGUGGUCGGGGAUCCGAGUUCCUUCUACAUGGAAUUCAGCUCCAGUCCAAAGAAAGCAGUGGCAGUUAUUAGGCAAAUACAUGUUUUCGGGGAGUCCAAUUACAUGAAGACCAAAAUAAUUAUCCACGAAGAUCGUUCUCACUUUGAUCUCUAUGUCCAGUUGAUCCAUGAGUUGGGAAGCAACCACCUCAUCAUGAACAUUAAGGUGCGCGUAAAACCGGAAGGAAGUAAUGUCUUUGUGCAACUUUUCGAAAUGCGACGGGUAAACUUUUGCGAGUUUCUCAACGAAUACAACUCGAAUCCGAUGAUGCAAAUGGUGUUUAAAAAGAACCUCAAUUGGCAAGACAUUAUUGUGUGCCCAGUGCGAGUGGGAAAUUACUCGCUCCUAAACUCCGGGAUAGCCGAAAAUAUCCAACCAGAUGGGGUGCAGAAUGGCACCUACAGGUUCUUCGCGGAAAUAGUCGAGGAAAUCGGAGAGAUUGCGAAAGUAUUUGCCCUUCAAGUCACUUCGGUGGUUUAUAUCGUAGACAAGGAACUGGACUGUAAAUUUCGAGGCAAAGCUUUACAAUGUUUGAGCAAUGAUGCCUAACAUGAUGGUGGCUACUUUUAAAACUCUGUCUAAAAGUAUAAAAAUUAAAAUACAAUACGGUGUUGGGUAAAUGAUUUGCAUUUGUAAACGUCUUUGAACGCCAAAGUGUAGUAAAUAAAAAAUAAACUGUACAAA